CCAAGGACAGCCCAAGACGACCCUAAGGAGCCUCCGUAGCCAUUUUGGCUCAAGUCAUCUCUGCUCAACCGCUUCAGAUCUCAGCGUGCGCGAGCGCUCCGACUCGGAGCAACUCUCGUGCUGGGCUUGCGAGGUCUGGAUCUGGCAGCACGCGCGACACGGCCGGAGGACCUGAUCGGCGUCACCUGCGCGUCCCACCUGACGUUGCCCAGCAGCCAUGGAGCCCACCUCCGAGAACUUCUUGCACGAGGGAUCCCGCCGCACGACGGUUGCUUUUGCGUGCGCGGUCUGGUUCGUGCUCGGCGGCAUUGUGCUCGUGGUCCGCGUGGUGAGUCUGGUGAGACACAAAUCAGCUUCAUGUUCGGUGGGCCGAUGCCUUGUCCAUGUGGUCAGAUUCUGCAGACGCUCAGUCUCCCUGAUCUUCAGCACAGAUAGUGGCUCUGUCGCGGAGGAACUGCAGAAAAUGCGCCUGGUUCGCGCCCACAGCUGGCUCAUGUAUGGUGUCUUAGUCGCCUCGCUCGUUGUCUUAACCGCUUCCGCACGGGCCAUCAGCCCAGCUCCUCGGUUUAAUUCGUCGGUGCAGGACGUCUCCAUGAUGGUGGGCUGCUUCGUUGUUCUCUUUCUUGUGGCAUGCCCUAGGGUGGUGACGCUGAGCACCCUGAACGUCUGGUCCUCUACUGUGGCAGUGUGCAUCACGAUGUAUGGAUCGCCAUUCGCCAUAGAAGCAAGCUAUGCGGCCUCGUCUGCCCCGAUAUGUUUUACAUCUAUGAUGGUGCUGUGCCUGUUUAAUCUGAACGUGCGACUGAAUGCAUUCUGGCUGUUGGUCUUGACCGCGACGCUCUGCAGCUCGAUCCUGUGCGGCACUGUUGAGCCACUCACGGCCUGCGACUUUGAAGCUCGCCGCGUGCACUACUCGGUGCAGAUUUGCAUGGCGGGCCUGAUGCUGACUGCCUGUGUCAUCUGUGUACACAAGUACAUCUGCCUGGCCGCGCAGCACGAGAUGGAGGCCCGCAUAUCGAGGAACGGGCUGCAGGCUGCGCGCUCGGUGCUGCGAGGUGUCUGCGACGCGGUGGUGGAGCUCAAUAGCGAGUUCUGUCUGCAGGACGAGUCCCCCCAGCUCGUCGACAUGCUCUUGCUGAACUCGCAGCGAUCCCUCUUGGGCAAGGACGUGAGGUCGUUCCUGGCGUCCGAGCAGGACCGCCAGAAGUUCACCGAGCAGAUGGGCCGGUCCUGGGAUCAGAGCGACGACGAGGUGGGGCUCAGCGCGGCCUUCCACGUCUCGAUGAAGGACAGCUCCAGCGUACCCCUCGUCGUCGAGGUGUUCUCCGUGCUCUUCGUAAACCGGGAUGCGCAAGCGGCGUACUUUGUCGGGAUCCGAGAAUUUACUGACAUCAGCCCGAUACUCACCUUGGGCAGUGCGGCUCAGGUGCGCAGCUGCGUCAGGCAUAGAGCUGCCGCCCCAGAGGCAGUUUCCUGGGCCCCAGCCGCGCCAGCAUUGGACUCCACCCAGGAUUCGUCGGAUGGGAGCUCCGAGUUCCUGAUCGAGUGUGAGGCCAUCGGCUGGAUCGACAUCCUAACCGCGGACUACACCGUGAGGCACGCCAGCCCCGCAUUCGCUAAGCAUCUGGAGGCCAACAGCGAGUUCUUGCCCGCGCUGAAGCCACGCGCGCGAGCAGGUUUUACACGCUGGAUCCAGCAGGCGUGGUUCGAUCUGUUGGAGGAGGCACCCGAUUCUGGUGGUAAGCUAUACAGCGAGCGGCUCCACAUAAGGUGCUCCGCCCGCGCGGCCACAAGCGGGACGCGCCGGACGCGGCGAUUGCUCUCGGCUUAUGUGAGGAUCGACCUGACACCACCCCCUGGCGGGCAGCCCCACGGCAAGGGUGUUGUGCGCAUUGUGCUCCAGGACCUCCAGAUCGACACGAGAGCGCCUCGCAUCCUGUCGAAGGGGACCCCGCCGGCCACUCCCAGAGCCAGCCUGGAGCGCGGCCCCCCAGGUCGCGUGCAGCGACCGGAGGCCGAAGAGGCAGCGGCCGAGGGGCAGAGGCCUGCGGAGGCCACAGCGGGCGCGGCCGAGGGGCGGCGCGGCGGCGCCGCUGGCGCGGCCUCGCAGCCGCAGGGCUGUGCCGAGGCCGCGACGGCCGCCGCCGAGGUGCGGGCCAGAGCCGCCGCUGGCAGGGCGGCGUCGCCGCAGAGGACACUGCAGCUGUAGAGCCUGCGAGGCGCACGGGCGCCCGGAUGUCUGGCGUCCUGGGGGAGGCCAUCUGAGAGCAGUUCCUCUGAGAGUGGAGUAGCGCGCUCGUCUAACCAAGGGGGUCACCAGAGGUCAUUUCGCCGCGUGUAGGCGAGCGGAGGUGUUCCUCUUCGUCCCCCCCUCGGGUCACGGAGGCGCGAGCGGGCCCGAGGAGGCGCGUCGAGCGCGACGGCCGUGCCGCCGCCCGACCUUCCGAGGAGGCGUGGGGAAAGGCGGCGGCGGCGGUGGGCGGCCGCUCCGGGUGCUGGCCGCGGUGGCCCUCUGUCGGGGGGGGGGGGGGGCGAGCGCGUAUUUCCUAAAACGAAUAUCUGAAAAGAUAUUGUGCACAAUAAUCUUCGGUGCCACGUAUGCACCAGGCCUGCGGACGGCGACCCCUCCGCCUUUUUGCUUGGGUUUUGGCACUUCAUGUUGUCGUGUCGCUGGCUGGCCGCUCGAUGCCUGAAAGCAUGUCUGUUUGUGUUCCGCUUCGCGGAACGCCGCGCGGCGUUUCAGAUUUGAGCACCACUUUGCGGGACGCGAGCCUCGCUCCUCUUUUUCCUCCUCUUCUCCUCCUCUGCCUUGUUUCCCUCCCCGUGCACGCUUUCGCACUCCUUGACGCAUCGGGCGCAGCAUCUGUACAUCGCAUUGUUUGGCCGUUCCCCAAUGGAAACAUAUGGCCAGAUGAAGCGCCAUCGGUAUUUCAUGCACGUCGGCUCUAUGAACAUCCCCGCAGCAGCACAAUUCGUUAGUCGAUUGUCUCUUGCAGUAAUUUCCGCAGUCCGUGUGUGACUUUAUAGUUUCACGUGCUGACCAGAUAUUGUGUACAGUCUUCAGAACCUCGUGGGCACCAGCCCUGUGGUCCACAAGGUUCCACCCCCCUGCUCGUCCUCCCUCCCCUCCGCGUCUUCUUUUGGAUUGGUACUUUGGAAGCCGCGUACGGUUGCGUUCCGAUUCACGGAAGUUCAUAUGACGCCCCGGAUUUGAACCCCUUUUGGGCGGGACUUGAGCUUCCCUCCUCUUCCACUUCGUCUCCUCCUCUACUUCGUUCCUCUCCCCACACCCGACUGGCCCGAUAACAUUGGUCUUUAAUGCAUGGCGACCCUCUGCAUAGUCCAAGUGUGGCUGCAUCAUUUUGCAGUGCUAGCGAGGAAUUCAGUGUCUCUUCACGGCUGCUGCCUUUUGGGUCGCAUUUGUUGCCUUAUUUGACCUGUUGGCGCUGCCAAGCCGUUCUGGACUUACCAAGACGGAAGUCGAAAAAAAAGACGACCCUCAGGAGCCCACAGAUAGUAAAGAACGGCCCAACAUGCCGCGCAGCCCGAGACAUCCUUCCGAUCAGGCGGGCCUUUCUCGCGCGCGCACUUCGCAAUCAUUCG